AUGCCUGCUGAAGAUAAGGUCUCCAAGAACGUUCCUCUCGAGUUCAUCCAGGAGGGAACUGCAUUCCUCAACAAGUGCACAAAGCCCGACCGAAAGGAAUACACCAAGAUCGUUCGAGCCGUUGGUGUUGGUUUCCUCGUCAUGGGAGCCAUUGGCUACAUUGUCAAGCUUGUUCACAUCCCCAUCCGACAUGUCAUUGCCGCCUAG